AUGCCUUAAGAGAAACCCCAGAAAGGAGAAAUUUGUGGAUGUUGUGCCAUAAACGUAACGUAUGUGCCUCUGUCCCCAGUGAGGGGAAACGAUGGCAGCCAUCAAUACACUCGUAUUUACAGUGACCACUUCAUCAAAGCGGACACGCAGACACCAGCAGACGCAGUCUGGAUAAUCAUAGCAGACACAGUAUCCUUCUCUCUUUUUACCAAUCAGUGGAUAAAGCCACUUUGUGCCCUACGCAAACAUGUCUGACAAGCCAGACCUCACAGAAAUCGCCAAGUUUGACAAAACCAAGCUGAAAAAGACAGAGACAAAAGAAAAGAACCCUCUGCCCACCAAAGAAACUAUUGAGCAGGAGAGGAAAGGAGACGCCACCCCAUGACCUAUGGGAGCAGAUGACAAGCACAAAAGAUGAUGACAGACAUUACAAUUCCUAUUUCUGUUUUAAGGGUGCUAUUGCCCCAUGUGAUGCAUGGUUACCAUGGUGAUUGGAGUCACUGGGGCUUCUGAUUGGGAGAGUGAUUGAUGGGGAGGAUAUGUGACAGGGUUUAAACUAGUUAUUUUACCCAGUUCUGUAAGGUGCAGUGAUUUUUUUUAUUUUCUAAAAGUGUUUCUUCAUGAAAUAAAGACAAAUGAUAUGUAAAACAAAUAAAAUACCAAAAAUGA